AUGCCUCGAAGUCCUACUAAUACAUUAAUAAUUACAAAUUUAAAAGAUGAAUUACUACUAAAUCCUCAUCCAUUGAUUGAUUUUAUAUCAAAAAGUUCAUAUUUAGUUGAAUUAAUAGUAUUAUCAAAAUUAUCAAGAAUAGUUAUAAUAUGUGAAUCAAUAGAAAUUUCUGAAUCAUUAAAAAAUAAAUUGUUAAAAUGGGAUUCAUCAAUAAAAAUAUCAUUUACAAUAAAAGAUAAUAAAUUUGAUUUAAAAAGACUGGAUUUAGAUAAAGCAUUACAACAAGAAAUUAAUACAGAAAUUAAUUAUUUAGAAUUACCAAAUGAUUUAGAUUCUAAAAGAUUUUUAAUAAGUCCACCAAUGAGUCCACAAUCAGAAUGGAAUGAUUGGCAUAAAAUUGAAGAUGGUCCAAAUGAAAAAUCAAUAUAUUCACCAGAAGAAUUAUCAAAUUUAUUAUGGGAAAGAUUAGGAGGAUUUGAAAGUGAAUUAGUUAGAAAAUUUCAAAAUGAUGAUAAUAACAAUAAUGAAAAUCAAUCAAUACAACCAGAAAAAGAAAUAGAUGAUAAUAAAUUUAUAAAUUAUAAAAUUGAACCAGAAUUAUUAUUUAAAGAUGUUGAAAAUGGAGUACCUGCAAUAAUAUUAGAUAAAAGUGAUAAUUCUAAAAUUAAUGAUACAAUUAUACCAAAAACUUUUAUGCCACCUCCUAUAUAG